AUGCCGCAUCAGUAUCAAUUUGCGUUUCAAUUUGGAUCAAAAGGGGAAGAGCAAGGAAAGUUUGACUGUCCUGUGGGUGUUGCUGUGAAUGAUAAAAGUAGAAUUCUUGCUAUUGCUGAUUAUAAUAAUAGCAGAACUCAGAUAUUUAGCUUUGAAGGGAAUUUCCUCAGAGAGAUUGCACUGAAGGGUAAGCCCAUUUCGUUGGCUUUUACCGAGUCAGGUGACCUCCUUGUCCGUGUUAUUUAUGACAAAAGAGUUUUUCUCUUUGCUGAAAAUGGUCAGUUUAUCAGAUACAUUGGCGUCGAACAUGUAAAGACACCGCACUUCGUAUCUGUUUCCAGUGAUGGUUGCAUUAUCACAAGUGACUCUAAUGACAAGACAAUCAAAGUUCUUACAGCUGAUGGGAAAAAAUUACUUCAGUCGUUCAAAUCCUUAGAUCGCAAUGAAACCCCUGUCUGUGUCGUUUAUCACCAGGCCAAAUUCUUUGCUUCUUUUAAUUUUGCUGGCCGUCUCGUGGUAUUUAACAACGCAGGGGAGUAUCUACAUGACAUCGGCAGCAAGGGAUCUGGUGACGGGCAGUUCUCGGGUCCCACUGGUCUCGUUAUUGACAAGUUGAACCGUCUGAUCGUUUGCGAUGCGGGAAACAGUAGAUUGCAGCUUCUCACUCUUGAAGGAAAGUAUAUCGCUCAGAUACCUGGAAGUUUUUUUAAGGGUGGCUAUCCUCAUUCUGCUGUCAUCUCCAAUACUGGACAUUUGUUUGUUACUGAUUCUUGGCGACACUGUGUGCAUGUUUUCCAUUAGCUCUGUAAGCGAGCCAAUUUGUUUAUGGAAGUGACAUGAACCAUUUAACAUGCAUUAAACAGUACCAUUUGCCAUGCUAGCAAAUAAUAACUACGAUACAUUGACUCGGUUUUUUAUUUGAAAGACACGCUUCUUACGGACCUUACGAAAACCGUCUGCAUGUCCUUUGCUGGAAAGAAAGGCAAGAUCAAACAGCCAUUUGACCCUGCGAUCAGAAGUUUCUCUCUGGCAAGGCUUUUAGCUUUUACGAAGUUGUUCCUAUCGUAUGUCAGUCAAGUUGUUGGCUUUCACUUGUAGUGACGAAACUUCCGAUAAAAAGUUAACGAAUUGUAGCCCUUAUUUUACUGCCUUACAAUAUAUCAAUAAUCUUGAAACUAAAAGGUCAUAUAAAUGAAAGGUUAAUCUCAAAUGUUUAAUGUUAAUCUUAAAUGUUUUAAAAAAUCUACCGAGCGGUUUAAAAAUUAUUCGCUAAUUUGUUAUAGAAGACCAACAUGUUUACAAAACCGCAAAAAAGAGCGCUUCAAUACAUACUAAUCAAAUCCUUCUUUCUAGCAAUCGGCUGGAGCUAUCUCCAUGAUCUUUCAAACACGUUUUUAAAAAGACUGAAACUACUAUGAGGUGAAAUUGCAUGUCAAAAGCGCUACGUUUUCUACAGAUAACGGCCAAACAUCAAGAUUCUCCAUUUUUAACUGUUUUUUUAGCCAUAAAAACUUCAUCCCCAAAUAUCUCGAUAACGCUUUUAGAGAUUUCGCUUAAACUUGACGAACAUGGAGGCCGCUAUUGGAGAAAAAAGCUGCCGUGAACGAUUCUGGAAGAACAGUUCCCAGUGCCGAGAUAUAUUGCUGUAAGUAAAAUAGGUAAUAGCGUCAUUUCGUUGCUAUGACAACUCCAAUGUCAUUGCAACCCAGAUCAUAACAAAUUUUCACCUUUAUCUAAUACAACUGUGGUGGCAAUUUUUCCUACUCUUUGUUUAUGGCGACGUAGUUUAUACUCAAGCUUGGGAGGUAUUGACUCUGAAAAACUGUAUCGAGCCACCUUAACGGCACUCGUAACUUUGUUAUGGUACUCUAUAAAUUUGACACACACUAUUUUUUUUUUAAGUCAACCAUCUGUGAGAGUAAAGAAAGUGUCAAGCCGUUACGAACACUUUCAUAAUUUUACUCCGAUAUCCACUGGAAAUAUUUGUUGUUCUUCUUUUUUCUAAACGAGAGCUUUAAAGUGUAGAUCCAAAGUAAACAAAGCGUCUUAGAACGGAAUCACUUAAAACAAAACUUUUUUCUAUCUCUUAAAAGAUCUCUUAAACUUUGGAAAAAAACAGUAAGGAUACGGGACCUACAUGUGGGUCCCGUAAAUUUACGCCCUAUUUUUCCCGUAAAAAAGGUUUUAUGCAACAGCCGCAAUCUCUGUUGCAUAAACGAAACGUAAGCGAACACUUACGAAAAUCGUAAGUGCAGCAACGUAAGGGAAUUCCCUAAAAAGUAGGUUGAGUUUAAUCGUCCGGGUGAACGUAGUCCUGUAUAGGACUGUUGUUGUUGACAGUGACUGACGUUUCUACAACCUGUGCGGUAGUCAUCUUCAGAGUCAAAGUGAGUUGUAUCACGUCAGUUGAUGGUAUUAUUACUCUGGUUAUUGAUCUGAUUGGUCAAUUACGUCGCGAUGUUAUUGGUCGUCUGUCAGUUAAGCCGUGAUGUUAUUGGCUAUGAAGACUCGUAAUCAGUAAUUGGUGCGUUUCGAUCCGUCUAUUGUUACAGUUAAACAGUCGUCUGUUGUUAGUCAAAUUGUCAGUUCUCCAGUCGUUCUCGAGAACUGGAACGACUAGAGAAGAGUUAAAGUCAACAUUAACUUAAAAACGUUGUGUUUUGGAGGUUGACUUGGCCUUUCACACUGUAUAAAAUUUCGAAAUCUUUUAAGAUGUUAGAAAGUUGUAAGGUGUUGUAACGUUCAGAGAGGGUGUGCCAGUGGCCAGUGGUUUUUACAGUUAAAAGAUUCUUCAGGAGCAAAACAUCCGUGAAAAUCAGCUGAAAUAGUGAGAUCUCAAACAAACUAUGAUCAUCCCUAAGGGUCUAGCUUCUAUCUUCUCUGGCCAAUCGAGUGAUUGUAUUUGACAAUUGCUAUUGUAGUUUGGUCCCAACUGCAAUUGUACUCUCGUAUUCAAUAGUGAAUCCAAGAGACGUGAAAACAUUCUGUUUCUACGAGUCUAGCAUAAAGUUAAACAAAGGAGUAUAAUCAGUCGUAAUCUUUCGAUGAGACUUUUCUGUUGUUAUUUUCCAAUCCUUUAUUUAGGCAUACUUUGAACAUAAUCCAAGAGACUUACAAUAGUUGCGACAUGACAAGGAUCUACAUCCCACCAAAUUUCAGCCUCACUUGAAAAACGCUCCUGAAUGCCUCGGUGAGUUAUUGAACUUUAGCUAAUUCCUACUUUAAGCACAAAUAAUUCUCAAAGGCCCAUCAAAGACAAAACAAAAGUUCGCUUCUGUUAAUCCUAUCUUCAUUUCUUUUCGAUCAGUUCCAGCAACUCUUAAACCAUCCAAGGCAAAAUUCUCACUAAAGAGAAGACGCCUACUCAUGUUCCCGUCAGUAAAGAACUCGGUUUACAAUACAUUUGGUGAGGUAAAUGGGGAGUACUUAAAGCAUAUGUUAGUAUAUAAGUAUAUUUUAAAUACUUUGGAAAAGGGAUUCUUUAUGAAAGUAACGCAACAAAAGGGAAAUUGACUAUUUCACCGAUACCAGAUAACGCACCUUGUUUAUCCUCCCCAUCCCCCACCCCCCCCCCCAAAAAAAGAAAAAAACCAAAGGGUUGCAUGAUCACCAUAGUCUUCGAUUUCUCUUGCGAUCUGUAAUAUCCAAGAGAAAUAAACCUUUUUAGCUGAUAUGUUUUGUUUUCCCGAUUCAGACCACGUGAAGUUCUCCAGGGAAUUUUCUUUUUGUCUUUUUCAUUAAUUAUGCAUGCACAUGCACUUGAAUGCACGUGCAUAAGACGACAUCUGAAAGAAACAGUUCUCUGGGGUACCAUCACGUGGUCUGAAAGUGAAAACAAAAAAUACAAACUAAAAAGGUCGAUUGGAAAAAUGGUUCUGUAAAAUAUUGUUGGGUAAUCCAGGUGCAUUAUGGUCUCGGUAAAAAUGGUGAAUAGUAAAAUAAAUGUUUAGAACUUUUUAACCAGGUGGUGAGUUGAAUGAGAAAUGCUCAUAAAAAAAUCAUCUCAAACUGGCAAGCCAGUCUGUAACAUGUUUACAGACCCUCUAUUUUCUCUUUAUAGGUCAUCAAGAACUGGUGUAUGAAAAUAAAAACAGCAAGGGUUUUAUUGAUCACAAGCAUGAUCGAAUUUUCCAAAAAAAGGGAAAAACCUCUGUGAACAGGCUACCUUAGAUUCACUCUGAAGAUAAACGUACGCCUGUUUUAGUUACUUGAAACUGUCAGAGGAGUCUUUCAAAUUACGCUAUCGUGGUGACAUCCUUAUCGGACACCUCUCUUAUACGGACACCCAUUAGUGUCCGUAUUAGAGAGAUCCGACAGUACUCGGCGUCUUACAUUUCAAGUAUCCUGUUUUAAUUGAUUACUUGGAAUCAUAAACAAUUUUUUAUCUAUUUUUUUGCCUCUCUUUUUGCCUCAGAAACGUAAAUUGGAUCCAUUGAAGAGCUUCAAGUACCACAAACAUAGCACAAGGGAAAUAAGGUGUGACUAUUUUUGCGCUUUCUCAAUCACUUCGUCUUUCUAUAAUUUGAACCCAGGUUACAAUUUCCCAUUCAUAUUUUUUAUCACACCACAGGGAAUGCUUGUUUCAUUGCUUUUCCGUGCAUGUUGAUGCAAAUUCACUGGACUUCACAGAGAAAUUAUAGCGCUAAAUUUAUAACGCUAAUCAGUCUCUCCGGAACCGUUACCUGGUAGAGCGGUUGCAGAGCGGGGUGCCUGACGUCACAGAGAAAUCAGUAAAUGGCUUAGCUCCAUAUGGAACUUUUCGUUGGUCUGUGGUUAGAGCACUGGGUAUCUGGGUUAUAAUGGGUUUCAUUGUCUUCCUUGGCCGUCAUUGAUAACAGCACUUAAUGAUAAGGAGAUUCCCUGUUUUAAAAAAACAGUUUUUUAUUUCUUUAGGGGUCGACCAUUUGCCUUUUGUGAGGGGGAGGGGGGUAUGAAUGAUCUUUUUUUGCAUAAGAAUUUUUUUUAUCGCAAACCUCUUGAGACAGAUAACGGUGUAAGAUUUUUUCCAGCAUUAUACGUCAUGAGUGAUAUUUUUUUUCAGUGCAGGAUAUAUUUUCGCCAGGUAUUUCCUUCCAAGAUAUUUUUCCCUCGAAAUCCACCCUUGUGACACUCUUGUAACUCGGCAUGGUUAUUUUAGUUCAGCUGAGAUGGUUCUGCAAAAAACCGGUUCCUUAAAGUUUGGUCAAGUAGAACGUCCAUGUUUAAGACACUUUUUUUAAAUUUUCAUGUCUAGAGAUAUAUGUAACCUGAGAAAACAGCCGACGUUAAUGAUUUCUCCGCGUGAGGAAAGAGCGCAGAAAUGUCCCCACUGAUGACGUGUCACUACCCUGGUAUGGGUAGUGCUUCUGAUUGGUUGAUAAUUGCCCUAUCGAGAUUCAAAGUAGUGGGACGUCAUCAGUAUAGGAUUUGGGAUUUGGACGCUUUUUCCUCAGACGUCAUGUCGUGGUAUCAAGAAAUGUCGACUGUUUUUUCACGUGAGGAGAUAUUGCCUUCGAACAAUCAAUAGCACUACUGAGAUUAAAGUGGUGGCACGUCAUCAGUAUGGGAUUUAAGUGCUCGUUCCUCUGACGUCAUUUCCUGGUGUCACGAAAAGUCAGGUGUUUUCUCACGCAAGGAGACAUUUGGUUUUGAUAAAACAUUAUUCAGCCUUUACCACCACAAUCCAGUUUCAGAGAAGAUAAUAAAAACAUAAUCUAAACUAAUCUAAUGGUAGCUAAGUACAAUCAUGGAUUAGAAUUUCACUUCCGGAUUUACAUUGCUAAUCAGUUUUUCAGGAACCAGGGGGCUGGUCUGCAGAGAGGGUCGUCACGCAACGCUCCUCCCCACUAAUACCGUAAAAUUCCAAAAAUAAGCCCCUCCAUGUAUAAGCCCCUCCAAAUAUAAGCCCCUUAAACUCGUAGUGCAAAAAACUCUCCGUUAAAUCGCCCCUCCGAAUAUAAGCCCUCGGGGGCUUCUACUUGAAAAUACAAAGUAAAACAAAGUAAUGCCGGUACAGUAACAUACAAAUUUGUAUUUGCCAAAGAACUAUUUCGUGUGCCAAAUAUAGUGUUAGUCUGAUGUAUUGUGUGUUAAUCCGUAAGUAGAAAAUAAUACGUUCAUUCAUCAAGACCUGUUUAUUUUAUUUACCCAGGGACACAAUAAAGGAAAGAAAACUUAAUCAGUGGUUGGUAUACGUCUCUUUUCUGUAUGGGAACAGAACAUCGAUGGUCUGGUAGCCAAUCAUCACACAGAUGAAAAAAAGGAACACGCGACGAAGUCCUAAGAACGUCUGCGUGGGGCGCUAUGGUUUGGUGACCAUCAAACGAGUCUCGUCCCAGUCUUUUGUCCCAGUCUUGCCCCUAAAUGACCAAAUGAAGUCAUUCGAUUAAUAUCAGCCACUUCCGACUCUCUGGCGAAAGACCUCAAAUAUGGGUGUGAAAUUCAGUUAACACUUUUCACUGGUUGUUGAUGCUACGGAAACUACUAAUGGAAAAAACUGAUUUGUCGACCUGUGUAGUUUUUUAUCUAUUUAUAGUGAAACCUUGUACUCAAGAAAAAAACGCAUAGAAAUCUGCUAUCGACGCAAUCAGAAUCAGGCUACCGUUGAAGGUUUAUUACUUGUAAUCAGUUUAAAGAUUAAUGGACGAGAAAAGCAGUUUAACUGGACAUUGUUUGUAUAAUCAUAUGACGUUCUCAAACUGCAGAAUUAUAGCUGAUAGUUACUAGUAGGAAAAUGAUAAGUCAUUUUCUGUCUUAUUUCUGUCGGCCAUUAAGAAAAAAACAACGGCUUAUAGCUGGUAAACCGUGCUAUCAGAUAUUAUGAGGUAAAAGUAAAGGGCCUGGUUUCAACUACGGGUGUCCAAUUAUUGAAAUAAAAUAAAAAUGGCAAGAAAAAUUCGGUCUGUUCAUAUUAGCCUUUCCUUUGGACAAAGAGAUCGCUCCCAUUAAUCCCAACGUGUAAGCUGACAGCUGCUGAAGAGACGAGUAUUUUGUAACACUGGCCUUUAUUACAUAAAUUAAGGGGCUUACCUAUUAACAUUUAAAAAAUCAGGUGGGUGCAAGAUUGCGUGAGCAAGCUCUCCUUUGGAGGAGUCGCUAGAAGUCACGCGAGAAAUCACACGAGAGCAGCACGCGAAAGGAGACGUGAGUGCGAGGGGUGGAGAAAGAAAGGAAUUCUCCUUUUCCUGCUCCCCUAUCGCUCGCACCUUCUCUUGCAACUCGCUUCGUUCGCCACUCGAAAUGGAGAGUUAAAGUUUAAGCAAGAAGAUUUAAGCAACGAAGUUUGAGCAAGAUUCCUAAUUUUUAUGUGUAAAAAUAAGACUAUCAGCUAAAUGCAAGAUAUGGAGGUUUGUUUGCAAAUCGUUACAAAUGUAGUUUUUUUUAUAAAUCACCGGGAACCCAUAAAUCACAAGCGCCUUUCCUUUAACGUUUAACGAUCCACCGUUAAAGUUCAGUUCCAGCCGGUAGUUGAGUUGAAAAGCCGGAAUACUAUGCUCAAAUCCUCAAAGGUUUAGUGACACUCAAAUGACAACUUCACCAAUACGAUGACGAUCUAUCUAUCCAGAGCCUUGGUAGACUGUUCACAGUCCCCUAUCUUUUUCGUGAGAUCGUUUGGAUAUAGCGCGUCUUACUGUCAAUGACGGCCAUCUUGGUUUUCAAAUGUACCGAGGGGGCGCGCGUCGGGGUUUAUAGCUGUAGUUUUGACACUCACGCAAGAUAGAAGCCCGUAACGCAAAGCGCUAGAUCUCGUCGAUCUUACGGAAAAAUAGAGGACUGUGAACAGUCUAGAGCCUUGGAUAUCCAUGAUUCCGGCAAACUUUCUCGGAAAAUCACGCACAUCAUUACGCUUCACCUACGUGUAAAAAAGGUACCACUACAGUCAUUGUCAUAGCCAAUACCUGUCGACCAAUGGGCGCGCUAGAAUUUCGACUGAUACAUAAAAAUAGAAAGUCCAAGGUCCAUGACAGUUCAUUUCUGAUCAAGUUACGCAUAAUCAUCCCACCCAUAUUGGGCAGACCAUGGAUGUGCAACAACUCUUCAGAAAUCUUCAGAAAGAAGCAGAGUGUCCGUUGUGUUUAGAGACAGUUAACAAUCCCAAGACUUUGCCAUGUCUUCACUCAUUCUGCCUCGAGUGUCUCGACAAACAUGCGGGCUUCGCCAGAAGGCAGCUGCAAGCGACGAUCAAAUGUCCGGUUUGUCAGACAUCUUUUCAAAUCCCCGAAGGCGACUCGUUCAAGAACUUGCCCACUUCUUAUCAUCUCAACCAACUGGUGGAUGUUCUGGCUCUUAAAGAUAGCGGCGCACAGGCCCAAAAAUGUGGCAGUUGUGAUGAGAACAACACCGCUUCUUCUUACUGUUUCGUGUGCCAGAACUUUCUAUGCACUCCUUGUUUUGAAGCUCACCAACGCUUGAAGGCCACAAGGGGUCAUCGUAAUGUUGUGAUAGAGAAAUUGCAAGCACAAGAUGUGGAAGAUUUGAUCAACAGACCCGUCAUGUGUUCACAGCAAUAUCACGAAAAUCAACCGCUGGAAUUUUAUUGCGAAGAAUGCAAAGUUCCUAUUUGCCACAAAUGCAGUGUAGUAAGCCAUAAUCGACACACCAUGACAGACACUCAGAAAGCCGCACAAGUACAGAGGAUGCAAAUGAAGGACGCUUUGGAGAAAGUAAAAGCGGAAACCGUUGUUUACGAGAAAAAAGUACGGCAGCAAACCGAGUUAAUGGAUAAGAACAAGAAAGAAAUUAUGUGGUGCGAAAAGAAGAUGACAGAUUUAGUGGAAGAUUUGAUUCGCGAUUUGCGGGAACAUGAGAGGGUCAUGAAAACCAAAUUUGCUGAAAUUUAUGAAGCGCAACAAAAACAUCACGCAACACAACUAGAAAACUUUGAGUUGGUUUUGACUCAACUGAAAAGUUGCGUUGAACGAGGUGAGAGUAUCGUACAAAGAAACAUCAGUGCUGAAAUUCUCCAAACAAACCAAGCUAUUAUUAAACGCUGUGAAGAACUUCUAAAAGCCGAAAAACCUGAAAUUUCUAAACCGCCACAAGUGCAUUACAUAGUGGAACAGAAAGUGAAGAUUUUAGACCGUAUUUUUGUCAGUGACACAGAUCCUUCGCAGUCGUUGGCUAAAGUGGCAAGUCUAAAAGAUAUAAGGGAGAAAACGGAAACAAAUUUUACCAUUGUAACCCUAAAUUCGGAUGGUGAACAGUGUUAUUAUGAAGAGGAUGUGGUUAAAGUCAACAUAUUAAGUUCCGCAGGUGUUCAAGUGGAAACAGAGAUAAAAGACACCAAAGACAGCAAGUACACAGUAACAUACACACCACAGUGUGUUGGACAACAUAGAGUAGAGAUCCAAGUUAAUGGACAGCCGCUGACUGGUAGUCCCUGGGUUGUGCAGGUAAUUCCGCAUCAGUAUCAAUUUGCGUUUCAAUUUGGAUUAAAAGGAAAAGAGCAAGGACAGUUUGACGAGCCUUGUGGUAUUGCUGUGAAUGAUAAAAGCAGGACACUUGCUGUUGCUGAUUCAAACAAUGAGAGAGUUCUGAUGUUUGGCUUUGAAGGGAAUUUCCUUAGAGAGUUUGCACUGAAGGGUGGCCCUCGUUCGUUGGCUUUUACCGAGUCAGGUGACCUCCUUGCAAUUGUUGGUACAAGAAUCACCAAGAAAAUUUUACUCUUUACCGAAAAUGGUCAGUUUAUCAGAUACAUUGGCGGUGAACAUGUAAAGUCACCGUACCACGUAUCUGUUAUCAGUGAUGGUCGCAUUGUCACAAGUGACUUUAAAGACGAUAGAAUCAAAGUUCUUACAGCUGAUGGGAAAGAUUUACUUCAGUCCUUCAAAGCCCCGGGUUGUAAGGAAACCCCAGACUGUGUCAUUUAUCACAAAGACCAAUUCUUUGCUUCUUUUUCUUUUGCUUGUCUUGUCAAGGUAUUUAACAACGCAGGAGAGUGUCUACAUGGCAUUGGCAGCUUCGGAACUGGUGACGGGCAGUUCUCGAGUCCCAUUGGUCUCGCUAUUGACAAGUUUAACCGUCUGAUCGUUUGCGAUGGGGGAAACAGAAGACUGGAACUUUUCACUCUUGAUGGAAAGUAUAUCACUCAGAUAGCGGGAAGUUUUUUUGAGGGUGGCGACCCUCAUUCUGCUGUCAUCUCCAAUACUGGGUAUUUGUUUGUUACUGAUACUAGUCGACAAUGUGUUCAUGUUUUCCAUUAG